UUGUCGUUCGUAAAGGUGGCGACGACGCUGGCGCUGUUUCUCGCCGCCGCGACGGCGGCGUCGAAAACGGUCGUCGCACGCGCGUUUCGAUUCAUCUCCCCGCGCGGCGGCGAGCUCUAUCAGAUGGUCACCGUCGCGUUCUGCCUCGUCGUCGCGUGGACGAGCGAGUGGCUCGGGCUCUCCAUCGAGCUCGGCGCGUUCGUCGCGGGCGUCAUGGCGUCGGCGACGCCCUUCACCGAGCAGACGUUGCACGCGGUUGAGCCCGUGAAGAACGUCUUCACGGCGUUGUUCUUGGCGUCCAUCGGGAUGAUCAUGAACCCGUACUUUCUGUGGCUGCACUUGGACGUCCUCCUCGGCACGCUUCUCGUCGUGACCGUGUUUAAAUGCGCGAUGAUGACGCUCGUCGUGCGGUCGUUCGGGUACACCACGCGGACGUCGCUCACCGUGGGGAUCUCGCUCGCGCAAGUGGGCGAGUUUUCAUUCGUGCUGCUCUCUCGCGCCAGCGCGUUGGGGCUCGUGCAGCGGAACAUGUACCUGCUCUUGCUCGGGACGACCGCGCUGUCGCUCAUCGCGACGCCGCUCAUGUUUCGACUGACGCCCGCGGCGCUGAAACUCGCGCACGCGGCGAAGUGGAUCGAGCACGAGGGCGCGGAGGAGGCGGUGGAGAUGGUCGGGUGGUCGGAGAUCGGCGCGGGGGGGCCGGGGCGGUCGCGGUCGCGGUCGCGGAGCCCGGACCCGGCGCGGCCUUGA